GCCGCCCCCCCCCGUUCAAGUUUCAUAAUCCAAUCCAAAUAUAAUAAUCCAUGAUAUCGCAGUUACUCGCGAGGAUGCCAUGGCUCCUCGUUGCCAUGGUGAUCUUGCGCAGCAUGGUUGUCGCGCAAGACAUUCUGCCUCCGGAGGUGCUGCCUCCAGAGGGGCCGCCUCCGCCACCCCCGGAGAUGGAGAAGUGCAACGGGAUCUUCCUGUCGUACACGUUCGAGGGGCGGGAGAAGGAGUACCCGCUAGUGAAGAAUGUGACGGCGCAGGCGUGGGCGUUCAAGGCCACAGCAACGAUCCUCAACGCCGGCACCCAGGAGCUCAAGUCGUGGAAGAUGUUUGUGGGGUUCCAGUACGACGAGCUCCUGGUGUCUGCGGAAGGGGCUAUCGUUGUGAGCGGCGAGGGGUUCCCUAUCCGCGUGGGGAAGAACGGGACCGUGCUGGCGGGGUACCCCCAGGCAGACCUCAAAACCGCCAUCGAGACGGCCUCGAAUUACGAGCAGAUGCAAGUGCACGUUGGGCUCAAGGGCACGCAGUUUGGUGUUGCGGACAGAGCCACCCCCAUGCCUAAGUCGUUGAAGCUUGUUAAUGAAGGCUACAAAUGCCCCCCGGCAACCCGGAAGGGGCCCUACAUGCACGUCUGCUGUAGAAAAGAUCCUAAAUUCAAAGAAAAGAAAAUAACCAAAUACACAGCACGCACCUACGACGACCUCCACUUCACUUACGAUGUCCUCAAAGCUUACGAGAACAAGUACGUGGCUCAGGUGACCAUCGACAACCUCCACCCCCUCGGCCGCCUCGACCAAUGGAACCUCACUUGGGAUUGGAUGCGCAACGAGUUCAUCUACGACAUGCGCGGCGCCUUCACCCACCGCAAAGACCCCUCCGAGUGCAUCUACGGCCCGCAAGGCCAAUACUACAAAGACUUUGAUUUCUCCAACGUCAUGAACUGCCAGAAAAGACCCGUCAUCUCCGACCUCCCCCCGCAGCUUGAGAACGACGAAAAAGUCGGCAAACUCCCCUACUGCUGCAAGGACGGCCUCCUCCUCCCCACCACCAUGAACGAGACCAAAGCCAGAGCCAUUUUCCAAAUGGAGGUUUUCAAACUCCCUCCCGAUUUGAACCGGACCGCGAUCAACCCGCCUCAGAACUGGAAGAUCACUGGCCGCUUGAACCCCAACUACAAAUGCGGACCUCCCAUCCGGGUCGACCCGUCCGAGUUCCCCGACCCGCGUGGGAUCGACGCGACGGGGUCGGCCAUCGCCAGCUGGCAGGUGAACUGCAACAUGACCCGGCCCAAGCCCAAGCAGAACCGCUGCUGCGUCUCCUACUCGGCUUUCUAUGCGGACGGGGCAGUCCCGUGCAACACGUGCGCGUGCGGCUGUGAGGACGAGCCGCCGCGCUGCGACCGGAACGCGGCCGCGCUGCAUAUCCCGCCAAGCGCCCUGCUGGUCCCCUUCGUGAACCGGAGCAAGAAGGCGGCGGCAUUCGCGAGGAUCAACCAUCACAAGCUUCCGCGGAAGCUGCCAUGCCCGGACAACUGCGGCGUGAGCAUCAACUGGCACGUGGACUCCGACUUCAAGACCGGGUGGACGGCGAGGAUGACCUUGUUCAACUGGGAGGAGGAGGCGUUCGUGGACUGGUACUCGGCCUUGGUGAUGAGGCGGGCGUUCCCCGGGUUCGAGAAAUCGUACUCGUUCAACGGGAGUGUGAUGGAUGACAUGAACAACACGAUCUUCAUGCAAGGGUUGCCGGGGCUAAAUUACCUUGUGGGGAAGGUGAACGGGAGCCACCCCGGAAAGGAUCCACCUGUGCCGGGAAAGCAGCAGUCGGUGCUAUCGUUCUCGAAGAAGCAUAUUCACGGGUUGAAGAUUGCGCGUGGGGACGGGUUCCCUACCAAGCUGUAUUUCAAUGGGGAGGAGUGCGCGCUUCCCAAGGUGUUGCCCAAGGCUGCUGCACCCACGCCGCCCAGGGUGCUGACCUGCUCGCUCUUGCUUGCCAUUCUUACUUCACUUGUGCUUUUUUUUUAA